AUGAAGGUAAUUUGUGCUGGACCAGCGAAAACAGGCACAAAAUCGAUCUCUAAAGCUUUACAGGUUCUCGGUUUAAAGGUCUUCAACUGGGAAGAGCAGACCUUUGAUUUCCUGGAUCACUGGGUCGGCGUUUUUCAAAACGGUGCCAAGCCUGAUGCGAAGCGUGUGUACGAGAAUGCUGAUGCAGUCGUCGACAUGCCGGGUACAUUUUUCUUUGAGGAAAUCUUGGAAGCAUUUCCCGACUGCAAGGUGAUCCUGAGCGAACGGGAUGAAAACUCUUGGGUGGAAAGCCUUGUGAAUCAAAUUAAAGUCUUUAACACGGCAACAUUUGCUCUGAAACCACUGGUACUCCUAUCACCAACCCUAAAGAAACUGUUUUUCGUGCUGCUCGCGUUCACGGAUGCAAUGUUCGGAUCUCAUGACCCCAAGGCAACGUACGUAUUCAGGAAGCGAUUCCAAAGUCACAAUGAGCGUGUCAAGUAUGUUGUUCCCCGUGAAAAACUAUUGGUGUACAACAUCGAACAAGGAUGGAAACCGUUGUGUGAUUUCUUGGAAUGUGAAAUUCCAAACGUCCCGUUUCCACAUGAAAACAUCAAAGGUGAAGUUGCUAACAUGCCUUUGGAGGCAACAAGAGCUGGCCGUCAAAUAAAACGAGAAUUUAUGCUUGCUCUCUUGGGCAUAUGUUCGCUGAUUGUGAUCCUUGUGGCCAUUGUAUGUUACAUUUAUUAUGGCUGA